GAGCGCCAGCCCGCCCCUCCCCUUCUCUUGGGCGCGCGCUCGUUGAGACGCGCACAGCGCUGUGAGCGAGCCCGCGCCUGAACCACCCCCCUUGGCCUCGGCGGCAGCAGCGGCGGCGGCGGGAGCGCGAGCGAAUCCGCGUGAGGCCCGGGCCGAACCUCGGCGGAGAGCGCGGGAUGGCGGCGUCUGUGGCGGCGGGCGCAGGCAGCCCCGGCUCCGGAGACGGGCCCGCGGGCUCGGACAAACGUGGCCCCGGGGGCCCCGGAGGAGCGAGCUCGGCGGCUGGCGCGAGCUCGGCCGGGGGCCCCUCGGGCUCGGGCCCCGCUGCGGCCUCAUCUUCAGCGGCCGGGGGCCCCUCGGGGGGCGGCACCGGCGCGGCGGGCUCAGGGGCAGGCCCAGGCCCUGCAGCCGCCUCGGGCUCGGCGGGGGGCUCGGGCGGGGGCGCGAGCGAGGCUGCUGAGCUGCUGGAGCACUGCGGCGUGUGCCGCGAGCGUCUGCGGCCCGAGCGCGAGCCGCGCCUGCUGCCCUGCCUGCACUCGGUGUGCGGCCAAUGCCUGCUGCUCGGGCCGGCCUCCGCGCAGGGCGGUGCCGCCGGGCCCACCUCCGGGACCGCGGCCGCCACAGCCUCGGCGGCCAACAACGGCGGUGACGGCGCUGUGGUCGACUGCCCGGUCUGCAAACAGCAGUGCUUCGCCAAGGACAUCGUGGAGAACUAUUUCAUGAGAGACAGCGGCACCAAGGCGGCCCCCGACCCCAAGGAUGCCAACCAGUGCUGCACCAGCUGCGAGGACAACGCCCCGGCCACUAGCUACUGCGUGGAGUGCUCCGAGCCUCUGUGCGAGACGUGCGUGGAGGCCCACCAGCGGGUCAAGUACACCAAGGACCACACCGUGCGCUCCACAGGCCCCGCCAAGUCCCGCGACGGCGAGCGCACCGUCUACUGCUCGGUGCACAAGCACGAGCCGCUGGUGCUGUUCUGCGAGAGCUGCGACACCCUCACGUGCCGCGACUGCCAGCUCAACGCCCACAAGGACCACCAGUACCAGUUCCUGGAGGACGCCGUGCGCAACCAGAGGAAGCUGCUGGCCUCGCUGGUCAAGCGCCUGGGCGACAAGCACGCCACCCUGCAGAAGAACACCAAGGAAGUGCGCACCUCGAUCCGCCAGGUGACCGACGUGCAGAAGCGGGUGCAGGUGGACGUCAAGAUGGCCAUCCUGCAGAUCAUGAAGGAGCUGAACAAGCGCGGCCGCGUGCUGGUCAACGACGCCCAGAAGGUGACGGAGGGCCAGCAGGAGCGCCUGGAGCGCCAGCACUGGACCAUGACCAAGAUCCAGCGGCACCAGGAGCACAUCCUGCGCUUCGCCUCCUGGGCCCUGGAGAGCGACAACAACACGGCGCUGCUGCUCUCCAAGAAGCUGAUUUACUUCCAGCUGCACCGAGCGCUCAAGAUGAUCGUGGACCCGGUGGAGCCGCAGGGCGACAUGAAGUUCCAGUGGGACCUCAACGCGUGGACCAAGAGUGCCGAGGCCUUCGGCAAGAUCGUGUCCGAGAGGAGCGGCCCCGGCUCCAUGGCCCCCCCGCGGGCCCCUGGCAAGCCCGGGGGCAACCAGGCCAUGGACCUGCAGGAAGGCUACGCCAGCUACGGCCCAGAUGACCCGUACAGCGCCGAGCCCAACGUGUCCAGAAUGAAGAGGCCCCCGUCCGGCGGAGAGGGGGAAGUGAGCGGCCUCAUGAGGAAGGUGCCCCGCGUGAGCCUGGAGCGCCUCGACCUGGACCUGACGGCCGACAGCCAGCCCCCCGUCUUCAAGGUCUUCCCGGGCACCACCAACGAGGACUACAACCUCAUCGUCAUCGAGAGGGGGGGGCAGCCGGGGGCGCCCGGAGGCCCCCCCAUGCCCCCCAUGGCCAUGGUCAAGGAGGAAGAGACCGAGGCGGCCAUCGGGGCGCCCCCAGGGGUGGAGGGCCUGGAGACGAAGCCGCUGCUGCUCCCCCCCUUGGAGGCCGCGGGGCCCGAGGGCCCCCACCUGGCCUCCCCCAGCGGCAGCACCGGCUCCGGCCUGGAAGUGCUGGGCGGCCCGGACGGGGCGGCCUCGGCCAGCUCGGCGGCCGGCCCGGGAGCCGUGGACGACAGCGCCACCAUCUGCCGCGUCUGCCAGAAGCCCGGCGACCUGGUGAUGUGCAGCCAGUGCGAGUUCUGCUUCCACCUGGAGUGCCACCUGCCUGCCCUGCAGGAAGUGCCCGGGGAGGAGUGGAGCUGCUCGCUGUGCCAGGAGAUGGUGGACUGCAAGGACGAGGUGCCCCUGCCGGGCCCCGAGAGUGUGGCCUUGACCCCCGAGGGGGACGCGUGCCCCGCCAAGCUGUCCGCUUCCAACCAGCAGAAGUGUGAGCGUGUGCUGCUGGCCCUGCUGUGCCACGAGCCGUGUCGCCCGCUGCAUCGACUGGCCACGGACCCCACGCCCUCGGCCGAGCAGCCGGGCACCCUGGACCUCACUCUGAUCCGAGCCCGCCUCCAGGAGAAGCUGUCGCCGCCCUACGGCUCCCCCCAGGAGUUUGCCCAGGACGUGGGCCGCAUGUUCAAGCAGUUCAAUAAGCUCACCGAGGACAAGGCUGAUGUCCAGUCCAUCAUCGGCCUGCAACGCUUCUUUGAGACUCGCAUGAACGAGGCCUUCGGGGACACCAAGUUCUCGGCUAUCCUGGUGGAGCCCCUCCCUCCCCCCAUCCCGGGCCCCGGCCUGGCCCCUCCGGAGCUGGUGGGCGGCCCCAGCGACGGUAACUGAGCCCCCCCCCCCCCCCCAUGGCUUCAUGGCCCCUCACUCAUCCCCCCUCCUGUCUCGGCCCUCUGCCCCCCCCCAUGCGGUUUUUACUUGUAUCCAUUGAAUAAAGACGGAACCCAGGAGCCCGAGGCCCCAGUCAUGAAGGUGCAGAAUGAGCGGCGGGUGGCCCCCGCGGGAGUAGACAGACAGCUGGAAGGGCUGCCAUCGGGUUGGUUUUCAUGACAAUCCCUGGAGGAGGCUGGGGAGCCCCCUGCGCUGCCCCCCUCCCCCAGGCGGGCCGCCUUUGCUUUCCUUUGUCACCUGCUUCUUGUUCUGAGCUUGGAGUUCACGAGACACCCAUCCAAUAAACUUGCUGGCCAUGCCUCUCCCCA